CCUACAACCACACCAACAACCACACCGAUAACUACACCGACAACAACACCUACAACAACACCGACUACCACACCUACAACCACGCCAACAACCGAACCGUCCACUAGAACAACCACUACACCUACGACCACUACUCCUGCAACCACACCAAUCCCAAGACAUACAAGUAUAACAUCAACGACUAGUAGACUCAUCGCCACCACAACAGCCACACAAGCGUCUGGUAUGGCCAGUGCCAAUGUCAGCAAUUUUCCUAUGUCGGCAGUGGGAGGUGGAGUAGGUACUCUGGCGGUGUUGGUAGCAGCUGGUAUCAUCUUUGUUGUGGUGAAAAAAUCCAGGAAUCGGAAGAGGAACCAAUCAAACGGAACCCGUUUUACCGGAACGAAUAUUCCAUCUGAAAAUAACAAUGAUACUGUGACUCACAGCAAUCCUCUGUACGAAACUGCGGGCGGUGUAGCAGCGUUUACUAAUCCAACAUUUACAGCCGAUAGUUUCGUAUCUAAAGACAAUUACGAUGAUGAUGAACUGCAAGCUACCGAACCAGAGAGUCAAUAUAUGACUUGUUAUCCAGAUACUUACAAAUAUCAUUCUAUAGCAUAACACACAAGUAACACUUUAAUAAUGCACAAGGAUAACAAAAAUAAACAGAUAUAUAAUAAUAAAUAAUGAAAAUAAUAUUCUUGGCAUUUUGUGAUUUAUAAAUUACGUCAGGGUUUGUGACAGAAUGUUUUUGACAUCCCGCUUAGAACAAUUCCGCAGAAAAGAUAUAAUAGUCCAGGUUUUCGAUAUGAUUUCAUGUAAAACAUUAUUAACUCGAUCAUAUUGUCUCAAAGAUAUUAUCUCCAAGGAAACGAAUCUGCCAAUCAGAUCAAAGUUUUUACAUAUGAAAAAAAAAAAAAAAUAAAUAAAUAAAUAACUUCAUCUCCACUUGUUCAACAUUUUUUACUACUUAAUUCAUUUGUAUCUAUUACAUCUCAUUUUAUGUUAGUUUGAAUAAAAUAAAAUGUCCACAU